CGCGUGAUGUCACUGCUUGCCUUCGCCCAUCUCUACUGCCACCCCCAAGCACCGCCGCCUCGUGCUUCCCAUCCACGCCCAGCCCACUCCCCUCAUCUCUCGACCGACUCGACCGACUCGGCCAGCCAGUCAGCCAGCCAGCCAGCCACUCAAGCCCGCCCGCAUAACACACGCCCUCAACCCGCCUGCUACCCACCGCCGCGUCAUCCGCGCUCCCGCCGCCGUCGUCCCGCGCCAGAUGACGCGUCCGCGCUGCCCGUCGCAUAAGAAGCCGGUUCGUGUCCGAUCGACGUCGACGCGCGCCCCUCGCCUUGACGUUCUUGCUCGAGCCCGCCCGCGAUCACUGACUGCAGCGCAUACACAAGUCUAUUGCCCUACGCCUUCCCGCAGCCGCGCGUCAAGACCGCCGCCUCUCGCGUCUGCCCCACCCGCAUCCCCUCUUCCGCCUCCCACGACGCACUGCCGCCUUCGACAACGCCAUAACCACGUCAUCAAGCCCCCGAAGGACGUCCACAACCCCCUCCAAUUCCUUCCCUACCUUCCCACUUCCCUUCCCCCGCCUGAUCCCACCCUACCCUCUCUCUUCUCCUCACUACCUACCCAUACCCCUUCGCGCGUCCCUACCCCUCUCGUCCCACCCCCUCCCCUUCGUUACUGCGCUACCCUCUCCCUCCUUCCGCACUACUACCCCGACCCUCGUUCCGCACCACUGCGCCCCUCUUCCCUCCCCCUUCGUGCAACUCCCCUCCCUCCCUAGUUUCGCCUCCCCCUUUUCUCGUUACUCACGUGAGCUCUUCCCUCCCUAUCCCCCUCCGCAUUUCGCAUCGCUCCUCCCCCCUCCCCACCUCGAAUCGCUCCUCCCCCUCCCCUUCACAUCUCGUAUCGCUCCUCCCCUCACCCUCACUCUAUCCCCUACCCCUUACCCCCACCCCACAUCUCCCCCCACCCUUCGUACUAACCCUUCCACCCCUUCUCGC